AUGAAUAAAGACGCUCAUCACUUGCUUCGCGCUUGGCGGCCAUGUCUGAAACUCGAUUGUUCCCUUACAAGUUCGUGUUGUGCUAUUCAUGAUUUAAAAAGGACUUUCAUCCGCCAUAUUGGCGUUAAUUUACCUUCAUUUGGGUGUCAGUCACAGAUAUUGAUCCAAUCACCGAAGCUCAGACAAUUUUUCUGUGCACGGUGA